AUGUAUCAUUCACCUACAGCCAAAGCUGAUGACUACUAUUUAAAAAUAAAGUGUUUCUGUGAUGAAAAAGAUAUUCAUUACUGCGAAGAAAUUCAAACUCUUCCUGAAAACCUGCUUAUUAUGACACACGACAUAGAAUGUGUUAGUUACGAAAAAAAUACUUUUCCAAUGCCAGAAACUUCCCCGAUAAUUCAAAUUAGCUUUAUAAUUUCUUCUGUAUCGGAAAUUUUAAUAAAAGGUUUAUUUGUUUUAAACACGUGUAGGUCCAUUCCUGGUGUGCUUUUGUAUACGUUUGAAAAUGAAAAAACUUUGUUAGCAGCUUUCUCUGACUUUGUGAACAUUAUAGAUCCCGACAUUAUUUCUGGAUACAAUAUUUUGAACUUUGAUUUGUAUUACAUUUUUACGAGGGGUAGCGUUCUAGGCGUGAAGCAAACCCAAUCUAUAGGGCGAAUCUUGGAUAUCAGCUGUUAUGUGAAAAACAGCAAAAUUACGACCAAGGUUACGGGAACAAUAGAAACAAAAGAAGUUUCUAUACCUGGAAGAGUCACCUUUGACGUUUAUGAAACUAUCAGGAGAGAAUUCAAGUUGAAAAGUUACAGCCUAAACUCCGUGUCGUAUACUUUUUUGGGUUCGCAAAAAGAAGACGUACAUUAUUCGUAUAUGCUUGAUUUGUUUUUAAAAGAUAGCGACAGCCGCAAAAGAAUCGCCACAUACUGUCUUCACGACAGUUUUUUAACGUUUGAGUUGAUACGAGUACUGAACUUGAUUGUCAAUCAAUUAUCAAUUUCAAAAGUUACAAAUGUGCCUUUGUCAAUUAUGCUUGUGCGGGGUCAGCAACUUAAGGUAACUAUGCAGUUGAUGCGUGAAUGCAACAAUGUUAAGGUUCUGAUACCUUACAUGCCACGAAAGAACUUUAAUAAUACCGAUCAGUACGAAGGAGCCACCGUAUUAGAACCGCUGAAAGGAUUAUACUCCGAGCCAAUUUGUGUCUUGGAUUUCGCCAGCUUGUACCCUUCCAUCAUGAUUGCGUACAACAUUUGUUAUUCCACGCUUAUGAAAGAUCGAGCCGAGCUAGCCAAAAUGGACGCCAACGACUACAAUCUUGCCCCCAAUAAUGAAUACUACGUCAAGCCACACGUAAAGCUUGGCGUUUUGCCUGCAAUUCUGAAAAAAUUAUUAGACGAGCGCAAAAAAGUAAAGUCGCAAAUGAAAAAUAUUACUGACAACUUCAAAAAAAUGAUAUUAAACGGUAUACAACAAGCGUUGAAACUGUCUGCAAACAGUGUAUACGGGUAUACGGGGUCGGCGAACACUGGACACUUGCCCUGUUUGGCAUUAUCAGAGUCUGUCACGUCGUAUGGACGCCAAAUGAUCCAACAUACCAAAACUUUUGUGGAAGAAAAUGAAAAAAUACAACAAGAACUAAACAAAAAGCCCAUAGUUGUGUAUGGAGAUACAGAUUCCGUCAUGAUCAAUUUUGGGUUUGCAACCAUCCAAGAGACCAUUGACUACGGUAAUAAAAUCAGCUUGAUGGUUUCCAAAGAAUUCCCCAAGCCGAUAUUUUUGGAAUUCGAAAAAGUAUUCAAACCGUUCCUUUUGCUGAAUAAAAAGCGCUACGCAGGUUUGCAAUGGACGUCGAGCGAUAAACACAACAAGUUGGAAUGUAAAGGUAUUGAAACCGUUAGAAGAGAUUUUUGUUGUUACGUGCAAAAAACUUUGCAGGCCGUCAAGUUUAUUUGUAAAAUGGUCAGGGAUUUGUUGAAUGGAAAAUUCGAUAUCAGCGACCUGGUAGUUUCAAAAACACUUUCCAAAAGCGAAUACAAAACUUUGCUGCCACAAAGCGAGGUAGCUAGAAAAAUGGCCGAACGCGACUCUUCAACGGCGCCACAUAUUGGAGAGAGAGUCUACUACGUUAUUGUCGCCGGCCCAAAAUCGACUCCUCUAUACCAGCUGGCAGAAGAUCCGCUCUAUGUAUUGGAACACGACAUUCCGCUUAACAUUGAGCACUACUUGGACGCGUUGAAAAAAGCUGUUGGUAGAGUUUUGGAAGAGAUCGACCCAAAUUGUCACUAG